AUCUUUCUUCUGAAAUCUGUUAUGGAGGUGGAAAGACCCUUUCCAUCACUCAGACUGCAGAACAGCGAAAGCCAAAGCCAACCGCCAUUGAAGAUGAAGUUAGCCCGAAGGUCGUCUUCCCCUUCCGAGACUCCGAAGGAUUCGCGUCCGCCAUUGCAGACGCUCUCCACCCUAGCCCUACCUCUUCUGUUCAAAGAGUCGAGCAACCAUGCGAGCUACCUUUGGAUCGUUACGGAAUCAGAGAUCAGAUGAUUCGUGGGCUUACCGUCAACUUCAUCGACAAUGGAAUUCAUCACGCACCCUUCUUUUAGCUCCUUGUUUCUUCUUUUAUUUUAGGUUUUUGCAAUUUAAUUUGCCAAUUCUUCCUUUGGUUCCUUUCUUUCACUCAUAUGAAUUAAGCACCCAAUUUUUGUUCAGUAUGUUUAUUUAUUAAAUUAAAUGAGUAUUUAACGACAAGAUAGUCUCUAGUUGAUGCCUUAUUGCAUAAUUGAUAGCCGCAUUAUUUAGGAAAUGUAAUUCUUCAUUUCUUUAUUGAGAGAAAUCUCACUUUCUAUCAGAUGUUAGAUGUAAUUGUAUUUUUUAGAUCAUUUUCUAGCUUUUUCUCUGAUGGAUAACUUAAAUUCAGAGGAUUUUGGUGGUGUUCCUUUGCUGUUUGGCAUACAGAAUCUUUGAAUAUGUAAUGUAAAGGAAAAUCCCUUUCCCAGGUGAUUACCCGGUAAAGGGACAUUGUUGGACGUCUGUUUCUGUAUUUGUAAGUGUUAAAUUUCAUUAAUUUUCAAUGGCUUGUGUUGUGUGUGAUCUACUGAGAAGAUGUUUUGUGUAAGAUUGUCCUUUAUCAUAAAAGUCAGUACUAGAA